AGGAGACACGCGCCAGAGGCGUCUCCCUUCGACCGCGACGUCGACGUCGCCUCUUCGCCUAAAAGGCGGCGCCGGGGAGCCGCUUUCUCGUCCCCACCGAGCUUGGUCGGCCCCGUGGAGGAGGACCGCCUCGACUCUGCCCACCGUCGGCGUCCGCGUGGCUUUGACCGGUAACAGCAAGAAUGAGUUCCAAUCCUGUCGCCUCUCUCAAGGAGAGAUGUCUGAAAGCCCAGAGUCAGAUUCAAGCAGCCAUCGGUGAUGUGUCAACGACACAGCAGCAACUUCGGGGAAACGUACAGCACGUGAGGGCUCAGAUCCACAACUGCCUGAGCCGGCAGCUGGAGUCACUGCGCAGCCGAGAGGUGUGGUUGCUGGAGCAGACCGAGGUGGUUCAACAGGUGAAGGAGGAGGCGCUGGACAAUCAGCUGCAGCAGCUCAACCAGGUGCUGGGAUGGCUGCAGUGUCUGCUCAAGCAACAGGAGGCUUUGCAGUACCCAGACCCCCAUCUGAACCUCCAGAUCGCCGAGUGCCUGCAGAGGUGUAGCAGCCUCAACCUGAAUGUCGAGGAGACAGAUGCCAUAGGUUUUGUAGCAGAUGCUGCAGCCUUGAGAAAGGCUAUCACCACGUUUGGGAACAUCAUCACACAGGGAGAGUACCCCACCAGCCGCUACAGUGCCUGUCCCAUACUGGAGCAGCUUUCUUCUGUUGCACAUUUCAAGGAGCCUUCUGCAUUGCAGAAGUCUUCGCUCCGCAAUGAGGCUCCCAACGAUUGGCUUCUGAGAGCCACCUCCAGCGCGGCUGCACUGCCCCCCACGAUUACAUUCCACUCCCCAAGCAAGAACAUGACUGACUGGCUGUUCAAAGGAAGUGCCACUAUGGAAGAAACAAACGAGAGUACAACAUGCAGAUCGACCCCUGCUGAAAAAGAGGUGAAAAACAAUCUGCUGAAGAUACAAGACCAGGCCCCAAACAUUCACGCAAACCACACACGCGCCAUGUCCACCUCAUCUACCUUUGAAAUAUUGGACGCCCUGUCCGAAGACGAUAUAAUCACUGACAACAAAGGAGAAAAUGAAGAGAUGGUGGAGCUUUCGGCCUUCUACAAGGUGUCGGAUAUCAACACGUGGCUGCUGAAGCCUUCCCAACACAAGUCCGCCGGCAUCCACAACUCCCCCAUCGACGAAGCUACUCGCAAUAGCUGGGAGGCCGUGUUGAAGCCAUUCACGGCCACUUAUGCCUUCGAGGAUUGGCUGCGGAAGCCUCAGCCAGACCCCUGUUCCGGUUGCUGCGCCGGUAUGCCCAUCGCACCCAAGCCCGUGGAGAUUGAAAACCUGGCGAGCCUCUGGUGUAUGGCCGACAAGGCAGUAGAGGACGAGCGCCUGCCCUAUCAGAGCUGGCUGCUGCAGCAGGCGGCCCCUCGCGUCCAGCCCGCGGAAGGGUUCCACGGGGAGAAGUUCGGAGGGCAGCAGCAGAAGCAGCAGCAAGAGUGGCUCGCCUGUGCCCGCCCCGCCCCGGAGCUGAGCGUGCGUAAGGCGUGCAAGGCCAACGAGCCCUGCGCCAGCUUCGCCGAGUGCGUGUGCGAGGGAAGCUGCAAGCGUGAGGCCCUGAGCAAGUGGCUGCUGGGACAGGAGGGCCGCGACAAAAACGGCAGUGUCGUCGUCGUCGCACCGCACAGCGAAAAAGCCAGAGAUGAGCACCACGGGGUGGAGAAGUCCAUGGCUGAGGUGAACGUCUCGGAGAAGAAGUCGCAGAGCGAGCAGCCUCCCGGUCCCGCUGUGCUCAAGGAGGGAGGGAGGGAUGACCUGAAAGCGCAGUGGCUUCACCCACGCCAGCCGCGCCUCGUGCAGGAAGUGCAGUCCUCUCUCAAGCCGCCACUCAGCCGGGGGAUGGAGAAGGCCAUGACCGCCUCCAUCGCAAACUGGCUGCUGGCCACGCAGUGUGCAGCGAGGGAUGUGGCGGCGGUGGCGCCGCCGGGGUUCAAGUGUGUGGAGCUGCCGCACGGUGGGCCGUGCGACAAUGCCAAGUGGAUCCUCGCGCGAGAGUGCAGCUCUUACAACAGCAGCAGCGGCGGCGUUGGUAGCUCCCCAGAGAUUGCUCACCUUCGCCAGGACACGGACAAGUGGCUUCUAAAGAAGCGCUCCUACGAAGAGAAAGAAAUGCACACGUUUUGUGACGUCUUCUCAAAGAUGAACACUGAGGAUGAACCUCCGUACAAAAAAUGGCUUCUCUACUCUCAGAUGUGAAUUUCUACCAAGAACAGCACUUUCUUGCCAAUGGCCUCUUUAUGAAAACCUUAAUCGUUUAGAAACUAAACAAAAUUGUAGGCCAUCAUACAUGUUGAUGGUGGUUAACUCCUAAUGGGCAUUAACCUUUUUUUAUAGAGGUUCCUGAUUUUAUUUUCAAGGUGGUGCAUCCAUAAACUCCUCCAAAGCCGAAUGAGACUGCGUUCGUUCAUGCACUUAUUGCUCGUGGGCUAAAACAUUUUUGAAACCUAAUUUUGAAACGGCUUUUACAAUGCCCGAAUUCUGCAGGAAUCUUUCUACCAGAAAGUUCUUGCUUUGAAUUGAUUUUACAGUUGCAAUCGCUAAUAUGCAUUACUGCAAAUUAAUAACCAUAGUAAUUUCCAUGAUCGUUUGUGAUGUGGGAUAUUUUGGAAAUUUCCUUGUGAUGAACAUCUUGCUAAAAUCGUUUUUGAACGACCGAGCCCAUUAAUUGAUACUUUAGUAUAACUUUAAUGAUAUUACUGCACCACUAUUUUAAAAUGACACCUUAAUCUCCAGAAAUAUUUGCUUGUACGCUUAAUACCCGAGGAGCUAAGGGUAAGCAUUAUACUUUACUCAGUGCAAUUCAUGCAAUGUAACAUUUCCAUAAAAUGCAGAUUUUAUCGUAAUAAAUUCACGUGAAAGCA